AUGAAGAAGAGUAGGAGUGUGAUGGCGGUGACCACAGAUGAUAAUCUUAAGGACUAUUUUGAAUGUAGCUUGAGUAAAUCCUACAGUUCUUCCAGUUACACCCUUGGGAUUGACCUUUGGAGAGGCAGAAGGUGCUGUUCAGGAAACUUACAGCUGCCACCAUUGUCCCAGAGACAGAGCGAAAGGGCAAGGACCCCCGAGGGAGAUGGCAUUUCCAGGCCAACCACUCUCCCUUUGACCACGCUCCCCAGCAUUGCUAUAACAACUGUGAGCCAGGAGUGCUUUGAUGUGGAAAAUGGCCCUUCUCCAGGUCGGAGCCCACUGGACCCUCAAACCAGCUCUUCUUCAGGACUGGUACUUCAUGCUGCCUUUCCCGGGCACAGCCAACGCAGGGAGUCUUUCCUCUACAGAUCCGACAGCGACUAUGACUUGUCACCAAAAGCUAUGUCAAGGAACUCAUCCCUUCCCAGCGAACAACACGGCGAUGACCUGAUCGUCACUCCCUUUGCCCAGGUUCUUGCCAGCUUGCGAAGUGUAAGAAACAACUUCACCCUGCUGACAAACCUUCAUGGAGCACCAAACAAGAGGUCGCCAGCGGCUACUCAGGCUCCUGUCUCCAGAGUCAGCCUGCAAGGUAAGCCUCCUCCGGAGAUCCAUCUCUGCAUUCCAAAGCAAUUAUUACGAGACUGCUAUUAG